AUAGCUCCGCUUCAAGUAGCCACUCGAGUCGUGUAGUUCUCCGCGAUAACAAAUUUUCGUUCUUGAAAACUCGAAAUUUAUGGAGCUAAAGUCUCUCGUGUUCUCUCAACUUGUUUGCUUUCGUGUCAUCUCUAAUCUUGAGCUUCCCAUGCUUCUCUGUGCAUCGUAAGCAAAAGUAAAUUCGCAACAGGCUUUCUGAAGAUGAGACACGCCGUGGUAACAAAGUUAUUUGAGAGCAGAAUCGCUUUCGAGUAGAGCUGUAACGAGGAAACUCGUCGUUCUGUUCGAGUCGAUUCAUUUUUGUAACUCAAUCAGGCGAUUUGUAUCCUUAAAUCACAAUUAAACCACUCCAUAUAAAUGAGAAGGCAAAUUUCAUUCGUUCUUCUCUCCGAGUGCAUGGUCAGUGGAAAAACGACCCAAGUCAAGUCACUUCCUCAUCCGUUGUGGCUCAACGAUCUUCACACGCGCCUAGAGGCACCAAAAAGAAAAAAAUGGACCGGUUUAUCCACAUUUUCUUUGGGCACAAGCGCAUCGGGCAAGUACUUGUAGGCAACAAUUUUGGAAGGAAACAUUUGAAUUAGUAAAAUCCAUGAAAGUGAAGUGAAGUGAAAGAGAUUGAUAAAAUCGUUUUUCAAUUCUAUAAAAUAACCUCAGAUGAUCAAAAUGCUUUAAUUUUGUCUGCACAAAUAAACCCGAAUGAUCUUUCAGUUCCAGUUGCAUUGUCGUCCAGAAAAACUCAAUAUUUUCGUUUUCACAUAAUCAAUUUAACAAAUCGUUAGACUUUAAAUGGGCGUUGACUGCACAACAUCGUUUAAUAAUAUUGUGCUCAGAGAUGUGACAUUGGAUUCCAGGGAUUUUUGAGACCACCGCUCAGUAGCAAGGGAUAACGGAUUUGUCCAAAACUCAUAAGAAUUUUCAAGGUGCUAUUCCAUGGGCGACAAGCAACAAAAUCAAAUUGGAAUCUGAUGUGACAGUGUGGCUAAAGUGAAAAGUGCAACAAUACACGUAUGCGUUACUUCAAUAAAUGACAAAUGAGUUAUCUGUGUGCAUUUUGGGAGCUUUCCAGCAAGUGACACAGAGCAACACAGUGUAACACAGCGUCAUAUGAGAUCCAGCUCUAUUUUCCUGCGGCCAUCUUUUACAUGUCAAUAUCUAACACCAAUUAUUCAUCAUGGAGCAAAAGACGAAAGAAAAAAUUGUAAAACAUGUUUUACAUGCCGGAACAAAAGCAGUUACAUUUGUUCCUGGUACAAAAGUUAUGUUUCAUUUCACAACAAAUAAAUGUAACAAUGACAAGACAUUGAUCGAUGACAGUAGAAAAAUUGGCAGGCCUAUGGAGCUUGUAUUGGGAAAACAAUUCAAAUUGGAAGUUUGGGAAGCUAUGGUACAAAAAAUGGCUCUGAACGAAGUUGCCAGGUUUAUCGUUGACAAGAGUCUAGUCGUUGCUUAUCCCUUUGUAUCAAAAACAUUGAGGGAAGUUGGCAAGCCACAAUCCGAGAGACGAAAUAAACAUUGCUGCGGUGUGACGUUACAGAAUGAAGGAAUAGGCUAUGAAGAUUUAAAUGAAUUGAUAAAAAAUCCACAGGAUCUGGAAUUCACAUUUGAACUGCUUAAAGUGGUACCUCCAAGUGAAUAUGAAAAAGAAUCCUGGCAAAUGACUGAGAAGGAAAGACUUGACAGUGUACCAGGCUUAAGAGAAAAAGGCAAUAGCCAAUUCAAGGAAAAAAACUACAAAGCUGCAUCUGAAUCGUAUGCAACAGCGAUUGGAACUUUAGAACAACUGAUGCUACUUGAAAAACCAAAUGAUGAGGAAUGGUUAGAGCUUAACCGUAUGAAAAUCCCUCUACUUCUUAAUUACGCACAGUGCAAAUUAAUACAGAAAGAAUAUUAUGACGUUAUUGAACACUGUACAACGGUGCUCAAAACCGAACCAGAUAAUGUAAAAGCAUUAUAUCGAAGAGGAAAAGCUCACAUUGGUGCUUGGAACGAAACUGAAGCUUUUCGGGAUUUGAGAAGGGCAGCAGAGCUCGAUGGAACUUUGAGAAGUACUGUCGAAAAAGAAUUACAGACAUUUGUGAUGUCGAUUAGAGAAAAAGAUACGAAGCAGAAGAAAAGUUUUACACAAAUGUUUUCUUAAAAAACCGUUACUUAGUCAUUGAGCAUCAUCGAUAUAAUAAUCGUUUCGUAUCUGAAAUGUUUUCCGAAAGGCGGCGCUGCUGAAUAAUUGCAGAAAGAUUCUAACCUCAAAAAAAUGUGAGAUAAUGCUGAAUUUUUUGACACGAAAGACAUCGAUAAACAAAAAAAAGGAAAGAGAAGGAAAAAAGAUCAAUGAAUGCUGACCUUGAGGUCAUUGAACUUUUCGAUAAAUGUAUUCUUCACCGGCCUGAAAAUCGAACUUUGUCGAGUGAUUUUCGUAGUAAAUAAAUUUCGAUGUCCGUUCUGAAA